UCGAAAAGCAAACAUGUCGCUCAAUCCCCUCAGAGUAAGAGCAUAGGAGUCGGCAGUUGUAUCUAUAUAACACCGUAAAGAACAAUCGUAGAGCUUGUUUGGCUGUAUAUGUGUUUGCAAUAGGCAUGGAACCAUUGAUACUAAUUAUCUCAGUUCUAUUACCAGGAUUGGUCAAUUGCCCACAAUUUAAAUGCAAAGAAUAUUUGAUCAAACAGGUUCAUUACUUACCUGACAGCCUGGAGAAGUAUCGGACCUACUGUACCUCCUCAUGCAAUGAACUCGAGCCUCAUUUGGUGGUCAACGAAUGGGGAAAUGAAACCUGGAUAGGAUGUUUCAAAAACAUUGAAGUUGCAGGUUACUGUGUAGAAUAUAAUUCUGGUAAAGGAACAUUACAGAGUCACCAAAGUGGAUAUUGUAGGGAUUUUGAUGAACCGUGUCCUGGAAAGUAUGAUUCAAGAGACAGUUUCAAGUAUAGACAAUGUUUUUAUCAGCACGGAGGCAUUCAGACCUGGGAGAGCCUUUAUGAAAGUAAAAAAGAUCUAGAAAAUAGACUUGAAACAUGCAAUGGGAAUACAUGUACAGAAGACGAUAAAACUAAAUAUUACAUGAUCAUUCCCAUUGCUAUUUUAAGCAUCGCAUUUAUUUUUUUAGCAAUCCUCACUAUUCUUAAGAAUAGGAAGCAACCCACAGAUAACAAAAAUAUGGAAGGCAAAGAAUCACUGACAGAAAAUACGGAAUUGUCAACCUCAUCUGCUAACUAUUGUGAUGAAGAGGGAUACCAUAGCCUCCAUAGCUCUCAAGACAAACAAGCAAAUAAAUCAGCUCCAGUUAAGGCCAUUUUGCAUCAACCUUGCAGUGAGCCAAGUGAUGCACCCAGAGGAAAUCCUUAUUUGUUGGUGGAUACUGAAAAUAUUGAUGUAAAUGAUGCUCUUAAAUAGACACUUACUGUUAGAAUUACAGAUUAUAGAAGAUUAUAGUCUAUGACAUAUAAAGUGCUGAUUUCUAACUAUGUAAAAUGUGGAGGCAUCCUGACAGUGACUUGUCUGUUUAUUAUAUAACAAAUUAACAAUUCAUGUACAUGUGGUAGGUGGCUGCUUAAUACAGAUUUGACUGUAUUUGCAAAUUUAUUUUAAAAAUGUCAGUGUAAGUGGGAAGAAUUCCUCUUUGCUCUUGGUGUAACUCAAUCAUAAUUCAUGUUCAUUAAUUUUUUGAAUAUCAUUUAGCAAUUUCACUCUGUAUUUUGUUACUUAUGCUUUUGUAUGCCUUCCGGGCCCAAAAUUGGAAAUAAAUACUUACUAAUUACA